AUUUGACAUGAGCUCAUCUCGCGAUCGCGUCUCGAAUUUGCAAACAGCAGUUUACACACAAAAAAUUGCACACACACGGAAAGGCGCAGAUGGGACUGCCCUGGAUUUUAGACACAUAAUUUCAUGUUGGAAGUCAUUUUAUUAUACAUCCUGGAUAUAAUCAGCGAUGACAAUGUAUUCGACGUUAUUUUGGUAUGUAUACCGAAAUUUUAAUCCACUGUGAAGAUGUUAUUAUUUCGACUAAAACCUCGUAUUUCUGAAAAACUGACCGGGAUCUAAUCGGGUUUUUCGAGUUGUUGCUGGUCGUGGAGGAAGUUCAUGUGGAUUAUAUACAGCUGUUGAGCUACUGUACCUCCUUGGGUCGUCGAUCGGCUGCAGUCGUCGGUGAGCUGCUCUGCAGCUGGACCGAGCUCUUACCGUUUACUGGACAUGGCAGGGAAUAAGAUCAAAUCAAUUGUGAGCAAAAACAAAAUAAGGUUACGAGAUGGAAACUUUGAUCUUGAUCUUACGUAUAUUUGUCCCAACAUAAUAGCCAUGGGAUUCCCAGCGGAGAGCUUGGAGAGGAUGUAUAGGAAUGACAUGGAAGAAGUCGUCAGAUUUCUAAACUUAUACCACCAGGAUCAUUAUAAAGUGUAUAACUUGUGCUCCGAAAGGAAUUACGACACGUCCCACUUCGAUCAUCGGGUGGCCCACUACCCGUUCGACGAUCACAACCCGCCUAGGAUCGAGCUUAUUCGACCGUUUUGUGAAGAUGUUAUGCAGUGGCUGGCCAAAGAUAAAGAUAACGUAGCAGUAAUUCAUUGUAAAGCAGGAAAGGGAAGGACAGGGGUAAUGGUUUGCGCCUUGUUACUACAUCAAGGCCGAUGCCACACUGCAGCUGAAUCCAUGGACUACUACGGAAACGUCAGAACUACAGACGGAAAGGGAGUCACCAUUCCAAGUCAAAGGAGAUAUGUACAGUACUACGGGGAACUGGUCAAGCGGAACACACUAUACAAAACCGAAACUGUACUUCUGAAACGCGUGCAACUCUUUACGACACCAAUGAUGAGCAGUGGAACGUGCUGCCCUUUCUUCACGGUCCAUCAACACAAGGUCAAAGUUCAUACUCAGGAAGCCAUGAAGGGAGUCAAAAAAGGGGAAAGCUUUAUACAAUUUGCGCUGCCCCAUCCGUUGCCGUUACGAGACGAUGUAAAAAUAGAAUUCUAUCACAAAUCAGGGCUGCUCAAAAUGGACAAGAGGCUGAUGUUCCACAUGUGGUUUAACACGUAUUUCAUCGUCCAUCCCAUCCAAUCCGACGAGGAUUCCUUCGCCCAGGGCAGACACUCCAGACCAACCAGCACUGUCUCCUGUCCAACGCCCGUGCAAGCGGGGGCGUAUUUCCCCGAAGACGACAUGUUGAACGGGAGGGAGGAGUUUGUCUUAGAGCUGCAGAAGGAUGAGCUGGACAAGGCGAAUAAGGACAAGACAAACAAAGUCUUCUCUCCGAAUCUCAAGGUGAAGCUGUUCUUUGAAAGAGGUCGCGAUGACCAAGUCCCACCAACGCCGGAACCCAGUGAAGGCAACCUGAGUCCCUCACCGAGUGAGAACGAUUUACUAGAGGAAAAUGACCUUGAUGAUGGGACAGACUCGGGCGACGAGGAUUGUAUAUAUGAAACUAGCGAGUCGUCAGUCGUAUGAUAGCGGAACUCGGAUUAUAAACUAUAUCAGUACAAAGAAAUAUUCCACGGAUAGAUAGCAGCGGACAGAGGAUUGUGUAUUGUUGUUGUUAAUUAGACUGAGUACCCGCGAGGGGAGGAACACGUGGUGUUUGAGGUAUUGGGUUGCUUGGUGAGACAAGGUUAAGGAACUCUUGGAAGAUUCUGCACCCUUGUUUUUCUGCGUCGUUGGCAAGCCUUGGAGGAGAAGACCCAUGGUGGUACCGUUGGAGCCCUCUUUAUCGGAUGAUGAGCCAACGGGAGGAAUGCUGAUACAGCAGCUACCCAUUUUGAUCAGAUUCGGAGUUAGUAGCACCAAGUGGUACCGCAGAAGCAUGGCAUGAUUGGUGGAGGAGCAGUAGGCUAUAUUAUUUAUUUCCCUUUUGAUCAGAUGACUAGCACCGUGUGGAACCAUUCCAGCCUCCCUUGAUCAGAUUACCUUCGGUGCUAUCAUUAGUUCCCUCACUAAUCUGGCGAGUAUGACCAAGUGGUACCAUUCAUGCCGCUUUUGAUUACAUGAGUAGCACCAGUUGGUACCCUUGCUGCUCCACUUGACGGGUUGAGGAACCUGAGAAGCACCUGCUGGAACCGUCGAUGCACCUGGUGAUCAGAUGGGUAGCACUGAGAUGUACCAUUGCUAUCCUUAUAAGUUUACAAGCGUAGGAUGGUCCAGAUUCCAUGGUACCAUCAAGGCACCGAUUGAGCUGAUAUGGAGCACCUUAGGUACCAUUAAAGCACUUAAUAAGGUGAUGCAGGCACCACCAGGCUAAACGAAAUGUCUCCAACCAAGGGACGUGCUUCGCACAAGGAAUAGAUGCCAGUAUUUUUGUUUCUCCAUUGAAAGUACUAGUACCGUAAAGUUUGUGUAAAGAUUAACGAUGACAGAGUUUUUACGAAUUGAGUGCGAGGCAAUGUUUAUUACUCAGUUUAACACGAAACUCUCAAACAUCUCAAUAUUGUAUGUGUAAAUGUCUUGUUCUGAACAAUAAUCAGAAUACGUUCACCCUCCAAUGCAGUCUGUUAAUGAGAACUGUGUGUGGAGGGAGAACAAAAAUAAACGUAUCCAUCGAUAUACAAAUUCAUUGGAAAUAAUAUUCCUUAUAAAUCUGUAUUUAAUGAAUCAAAUUGUAGUUUGAUUUGAAUUUAUGAACCUUCUGAAAUGGAUUCUGUUAAGUGAUAUAGCUCUAUAGCUGCUUUAUUGGUAUGUGAUAUUGUUUUACGUAAAACCUUUGACAAUCAAUUCACCAUAUUUUCAAGUCUUUUCUUCAUGUAAUCUAAUCAUAUCUAAUCAAUUCUAAUAUUUGUAACUGGUUGGUGAUACAUGAAGCUGUUUGUCAGUUACAGAAGACUGUUGACCGGUUAUUUGAUGCUAAAAUCAUACUCACUCAUUUCAAUUGGCUAAUGUUGAAAUCCUUGGUCAUUGAAAUUUUUUUCCUUAAUAGGCAUCUAAAUUCUAAAUACAAAGUUUAAUAUAAAAAUUAUGUCAGUAUUUGGUUAGGCAUAUAGGAAAUUCUGUCCCUCUUUGCUGAAACACCAGGGAAUAUUUGGGCAUCGCCACAUUCAUCAUUCAAGCUGGUGCGUUACUAAUCAUGUGCGCAUCGGCUUUUAAGCACAACUCCAAGUCAUACCGGUACUUAGCUCUUUGUGAAACCUCACCCAGGUCACCAGUUCUGCGUAACUUUGAUGCAAAUAGCUUUGUGAAAACACCACCAGAGAAUGGGCUGUACUUCAUGCUUGCUUCAACCUGUAUUGUAGCUAGACCAAUUAAAUGUAUAAAUUACUAUUCAAACUAGCCCCUCGAAAAUGCUUCAUUUGCUAUAAAAUAUAGUUUAAGCGAUAUUAUUUGGGACAAGGUCUUUCAGCUGUAGGAGAAAGUGGAAAUGAAAGGAGUUUCAGAAAUAUAUAUAUCUCAAAAGGUUUUUUACUCUCUCUCCCUCUCUCUUUCUACUUUUAUGAAUAUUUAUGAAAUAGGAUGGGAUAGACGCAGUAAGGACUGAUGUGUGCAUUGACCAUGUAACAGGAAAUUAUCAACAUGUAAUUCUGAACCUUUUCAAGAAUGUUGAGUGGAAAAUGCAUUCUUGCAAGGCUUUUAAUAUUCCCAUUGGUGUUGGUGUUAAGGAGCUGUAGGCGAUAUAAACACCAGACACAACUGACAUGGGGCAAGGCUGGUGUGGGAUUAAAUGCAUUCUUAAAGUAGUUUAUCCCCAGUUUGGUGUUAGUCAUUGGUGUUGGUGUUGAGAAGCUUGAGGCAAUAUAAACACCAGACACAACACCUUUAUUGACGCUUUGCUGGUAUGGGUUACACACCAUUCACGAAGAGUAUCAUUUUCUAAAUCCAAAACCAGUUUUUGUCUCACCUGCAUAGCAAGUGUUGGCUUUUACAGAAUUUUUGUUGCCCGACUCUCACUUUUGGUUGCCCCAGGCCACUGCUAAUAUCGAGCCUUGGAUAUAUGAAUCAACUUGUUAAUGAAAACGUGUGAUGUGUAGAAAACGGACAUGAAGGACCAAACGUAUCUUAAAAACGUAACUUUUCACCAAAAUUCUCUGUUCUUUGUCAUCUAAUAUGCUACAAUUGUCCCCUGUCUACUUGUGUUAUAUCAGCCCAAUCGUAAAGUCCUGUUUUGUAUUUCUUGUUUGAAUUAGACACGGCGAAACCGCAAUUUUUUCCUAUCAAUGAUGACGUAAUGUGCAAUACGCGUCAUAACUGUAUCUGUGAGGCACCUUACCAAAAUUAUGUGUCGCGUCUUAAAUCCCCCGCUAAGCGUCUUUCACAGCAGUUUCCUGCGUUGUCUAUUGUCUUGUCUGUGACUGAUAAAAUGUGAAGAAUGUUGAUGAAAAGGUGCUUGCGAGAGUCCUGCACAGGAAUGACGUGGCUCUGACUUUCGGUAAGAUGUCUUGACGCAGAGCAUCUUGGAUAGAUGAUUGAACCUGGUUACUCCGGCAUUUAUUUGCACAUAGAAAAAAGUGAAUCCUCUUUGAUAUUUGGUCAUUCAGUCUCAUCCCGAUUGUUGUGACUUUAUUAACACAUUCCAUCCUGAGCCGUCAUAAGAGCGGUGUGAGAGUUCAGUUAUUUUUUUUCAGCUUAAUUUCAGUUUAUUUUAGACAUCCUCUGUAAAAAAAGUAUCGGAGCUCUGUCAAUAUCAGUUUAUUUUUCAACACUCUUCUGCGCUUAUUCAGCUCCUAAUUUCUUGUCACAUGCACCCCAGUCAUAAUUAAAUAAAUGCAUGAGAAAUGGGGGGGGGUGUUUCACAAAGAUUUAAGUAUGAAUUUGAGUAGCACUUACAUGCUGACGCAUACAUGAUAUGCAACGCGCAAUCUUAUUGAUCAAUACGCAGUACUGCGCAUCCUCUUGGCAUGAUCUGACCAAUACGGCCAUGCCUUUUAUAACGCACGCAACUAGGCAUUUAAGUGCAACUGUAAGUCAAACAAAUCUUUGUGAAACACCCCCCCCCUGAAGUUGUAAAUCAUCAUUGUUAAUAAGCAUUUGAAUGCAAAGUAUAUUAUUUGUCAAGAUUUUAUUAAGUUUUUGAAAAUGAGUCCCACUUUGUUGGGUGUUUCGUAAAGCUGUUCAUAUAGAGUUAUGAGCAACUUUACGAAUGACCGGUGAUCCUUUCUUAGGAGCUUAAUCAGCAACAAAGAAAAUUUAGUGUGUAUUAUUUACCACAAGAUCGGAUCACCUGUCAUUCAUAAAGUCGCUCGUAACCAACGAACAGUUUUAUGAAACACCCACCAGGAAAAUUGGGGUGUCUCAUAAGAACUAAAACGGAUUAGCAGGGAGGGUGUUUCACAAAGCUGCUCGUAAGUUAAGAGCAUCUUUAAGAAUGACUGGUGAUCCUUUCUUUGGGUUAAUGGUAUGCACCAAAAUGUUAAUUGGUGAUGGUUUCGCACUUAAGGAAGUUUCACCAGUUCUUAAAGUCACUCUUAACUGCCCAACAGCUUUUGUUGAACAUCCACCCAGUGCUCCAGGGCUUUAAAGCCCUAAUUAGUGAGAUGAGGUCUUGACAAACAGGUUCAUUUUGCACAUGUUUCAUUGAGGGACAAGUGAAACACAUAAAUUGCUUGACACAAAUGUCUUUGUAGAAAAGUGAUCAUAUAUGGGUAUGACUGUACUUGUGCUCACGAUCGCUGUGUGUGUCUAUAGCCCAGUCAAACUGUUUGGAAAUUUUCAAUUCGUGAAUUAUAUUCUGUUCAUCUCUUUCUACUAAAGGUUAGUACUGCUUGGCUUUUACUCUAAGAAUACUCAGGUCAUGGCGAAUACAGUUGGUACUAGAUUUUUAUUAGUUUUAUUAUUAUUUCUAUUAAUUGCCAUUGUUCAGCUAUUAUCUUUUUGAUUAAGAGUCAUCUAACAGUACAGUUGAGAAUGUAGUAUAUACAGGAUAGUAGUCUUUAAAUCAGGCUUGUACAAGGGGUGUGUGUACCCACGGCCAUUUAAUGCAUAGAGGUGUACUAGGUCAAACUGCAGUUUAAAUCAGCGAUAGUUGAAAACAUACCUUCAUGAUUUGGCUUUAAUGAGAACACUUUUCUGGUUAGAUGGCUUUGGUUUAAAUGCUGUUUUCUCAGCCCGGCUUAGCACAGCGGGCAUUAAAACAGCAAUUUGCUGGAAUAUUCCUCAAGGGGUAGAGAAUGGGCUGGAAUGUUCCCCGGGGAGUGGAGAAUGUUUAUCCAGUAUGUUGUCUGCAAGCAUAGCCUGAACUCCCAUCUCUUUAGGAAGUGAUUAUUAUACUGGUCCUGUUUUUAAAUCAAAUGUUGUGUUAAUGCAGAUUAUGAUAUGGUUACAUCAAUCCUAAUCAUAUGACUGGCUGAAAGCUAUCACAUGACCAGGUGCCCGUAACAUAAAGCUUGGCAAUGAUGGUAGAACAGUUUUCUACGAUUGAUUCCAUUGAUUACAAUGUACAAUCAGUCGUAAAAAUCAAGCGUACAAUCAAUUGCUAACCUUUGUGUUACGGGACCCUGGUCGUUCACUUUAGCUAAUGGGCAAAUUCGCUAAUUACUUGUUCCAUCGACCAAUGAUGUUUUUGGAGAUGAUGAUGGAUAAUCAAAUAACAAGUUUCCACAUCAUCUUGUAUUACAUAUAAAACGCACCAUUUUGCAUAGGUAUUGGUAUAGUUACCAAUACUUGUAACUUUUGAAAACGGUCCAGAAGUGCUUGGCUAUGCCUUGUAUUGGAACUGUCCCAAAGGUACCUUUUGCAUGUCAUUCUUACUAAUGACCCUGGUGAUUUGUACUAUUAUAUGUAUGAUAUUUAUAAUAGAAUAUGAUAAAAUAAAGGGUAAAAAUAUUGAUUCAGGAGAAACAAUUUAAACAUGUGCAUUCAAGGAAUUAAUUCGGACUGGGUAACCCUUUGCAUCACCCGGGUCGAGGACAGCACAAUGUGGAUCAAAGUCUUGCUGAACACAAAAAUAACGCCAUAGCUGGGAUUUGAACCCACGACCCUUUGUUUUUAAAGUCAGGAGACUGGGCAGACAAUGAUCCCCACUCUGAAAUACAGGGAGAGAAAGAAUAUGCAGACGAUGGAUAGUGAUAUGAAGAUAAAGAGAGGUUUGACACUCGUUGGGCUUUUGUCCGUGUAUCUGAUAUAAAUGUACUCUUGUGUAUUUAUAAUAUGAAGAAGAGCAAGUUUUCACUUGUAAUUUAUGUAUAAAGAUAGAGAUGUGAUUGUGGUUUUGAGUGUGUGCAUGUGAGUGAUACCUCGGUCACAUAUGAUCUACGGCGGCCAUACGGCGAGUCAAAAACAGCUGUUUUAACAUGUUUUGUACCAGCUCCAUAUAGGUGGUUUGGAAAUUUUUUUAGAAAUAAAACGGUUGUUUUUGACUGGCUGUACGGCCUCCUCCAUGAGCAAAUGUGACCGAGGUAUAAGUGUGAAAGAGAGGGAGAGAAAGAGAGAGAGUAUGAAGGUGAAAUGUAAUAUCAGAAUAUUGCAGAAAACUUUCAUCAUGACCUGACGUUUCCAAUUAUGUGUAUAAAAGAUUAUUUACGGAAACACUCGAUGCACAACAGCUUGUGGAAUUCAUUUCAUCUACCCAAUUUGAGUGUCGUGGAUGGGCAAUGAAGUCAUGUCGGUAUAUAAAAGCGUUUUAGAACACCUUAUCAGAUCAACGUGUCAAUAUCCUAAAAACCUCUACGUGUAUUCCCGUAAAUUUAGAAAAUAAUAUUCAAGUAGUCAAUUAUGAACAAAUCAAAAGGUAUGACAUGAUGAAAUCCUAAACGAUAGAUGGUGCUUCUCGAAAAAAAAAGUAUUGGAAAUGUGUGAUGUAAAGAAAGUUGAUAACACGGCAUUAGCCCUUUAUCCGUUGAAAGGUACAGUUGACGUAAACCUUUCCCCUUGUUCAUUUCAUGUGUUAAUUACAUGCUUUAGCUUGUUGGUGUAUUUCCAUGACAACAACUCAUGUUUGUUAGGUCAUCUAAAAAGUGUCAGCCCCCUCCCGAGUUGAGGCAAGGAGUACUGUGUUAUGUGGCCGCUAAAUAACAAUUUCUCCCAUGGAGUUUAAAGGGGGAGUACCAUAAACCCUGAGGAAAAAAUAAUUUAAAAUAUCGGUGAAGG